AACCUCUUGUCAACUUACUUUUCUGACCCUCAGAGCAUCUGCGUUUUAACAGAUUCACUUCUUCAUUGUUUCCCUGCUACACUGGGCUCUCUGUGUUUGUCAGAUAACUGUGUUGAUGGCAGUCAUUCUUCCGAAUAUCUGAUUCUCAGGAACAAAAACGUGGCCUCAUCACCUUACUCUGAAUCGCAGUCGGCCAGCGUGACGCAUGGACAGUGACAGGGCGCACACUUCUCAUUGAGAAACUUCACUUCUGCGAAGUUAUUUAAGUGUUUUCCCCCGUUUUUUUUUCCAGUAUUUUUUUUUUCAAGGAUGCUCGUCUUAACUUGGAAUAGAUGCUGUGCUGUGCUGUUUCUCGUCGCCACACUGAAGACGGGGACAUCCCAGGUAUCAGAGGCGCGCCCAAAGGCGAACUUAAUCAAGCCGUCUCUGUCGGAAGAGACACCUACAGCCGCUCCAAACCGCUCCACCACUGUCCACAUCGGGAUCACCAAGAAAUAUAAUGUCCUAGCGCAGCAGGUGUAUCCAUGCAGCAACGAUAAGGAGUGCAGCGUGGGAAGCUACUGCCACAACCCUCAACAGGCUCGCUCCCGCUGCAUCAACUGCCGCAGGAGGAAGAAGCGUUGCCAUAGAGACGCCAUGUGCUGUCCUGGGAACCGCUGCAGUAGCUAUAUUUGUGUCCCUAUCUCAGAGAGUGUGCUCUCACCUCACAUCUCGCCUUUAGACGAGCACAAUAAACUCCCCACCAAAGAGCACAGCUGGAGGAAGACUGGGAAGGCACACCCUAAGCAUUCUCUCAAAGGGCAUGAGGGCGACCCUUGCCUGCGUUCAUCCGAUUGCUCGGAGGGCUACUGCUGCGCCCGCCAUUUCUGGACCAAAAUCUGCAAGCCGGUGCUGAGGCAGGGAGAAGUGUGCACCAAGCAGAGGAAGAAAGGCUCUCACGGCUUGGAAAUCUUCCAGCGCUGUGACUGUGCCAAGGGCCUUUCCUGCAAGGUGUGGAAAGACGCCACCUCCUCGUCCAAGUCCAGGCUCCACAUGUGCCAGAAGAUCUGA